AUGCGCUCCGAAAUUAAGUUUACUAAUAAGGAUCUGCUUAGUGUUUUUAUGAAACCUUCGACGAGUUUCACCGAGUUUCAAGAUAUUAUAAUCCGAAAACUGGGGCUGCAAGGCAUGAAACGGGUGGAGAAGUUAUUAUACAGAAUUCCGAUAUUCCUUUUGUUGGAUAAUGUGAAGUAUGAUUCGUUCGUCAUAGGCAGCGACGAAUAUUUGGAAGUUCUGUUUCAUUCCACAGCAGCCUGCUCUAGUUCGAGGCCUGUUGGUGUCUCUUCAUCUCUGCCCGUGAUUGAGCCUGAGGCAGUUUUGGUGACCUCGCCGUCCUUCGCUGGUGAUCUAAACCGCACUCGUGACAGAGAAAGGGUUGACACUGGGUCCGUAGUUGAUGUUGCGAUAGCGAUGGCCGACAUUGAUGAUGUGGUACCAGAAUUUCGACAGGGUGGAGCACCGGAUGGUGUGGAAGAUGAUAAAGAGGAGGUCGUGUUGAGCGUGAAGACUUACAGCAUCCGAUGUGGGAUUGAGUAUAAAGUGUUGGAAUCCGAUUACUGCAAGUACCAUGGCAAGUGUAAGUAUUUCGGCAACGGGUGCACAUGGAUGAUUCGUAUCAGUCUCCGGCAGCGUAGAGGUAUUUGGGAGAUAAAACGAUACAAUAGAUCGCAUACUUGUCUGGCCACUUCGAUAUCCAGUGAUCACAUGAGGCUAGAUUACCAUGUGAUCUCGGCUUUCAUACUGUCUAUGAUUAGAUCCGAUGCUGUCGUGUCGAUCAAGGUAUUUCAGAAUGCGACAAAGGCCCAUUUUGGUUUCAGACCGAAUUACAUGAAGGUUUGGAUGGCUAAGCAGAAAGUCGUGGCUCAGAUUUACGGAGACUGA